AUGAAGUCCGUUCUUUUCUUCGCCACCGCCGCUGCGGCUGCCGGCCCUUACCUGGCCUGGACUGCCGACUCGUUCACCCAGCACGAGAUCGACAACAAGAAGCCCUUCCACUACACCAAGGCUGUCCUCUACGACGGUUUCGAGGCCGCCUAUGAGCUGACCAAGAACGAGUCUCUCGCUGACUGGUACCGUGGCCGCAUCGACGAGCGUGUCGUCCUUGCCAACGGCAGCAUCGCCAACUGGAAGCCCGAGCACUACUCCCUUGACGAAUACCGCAUCGGUAACAACAUCCUCUGGUGGUACGAGCGUACCGGCGAGGCCAAGUACAAGAGCGCCGCCAAGAUCAUCCGCGAGCAGCUGAACCGCCACCCCCGUACCGACGAGGGCGGCUUCGUCCACCGCAGCCCCAUCUACGACCACCAGAUGUGGCUCGACGGUAUCUUCAUGGCCGACACCUUCUACGCCAAGUGGACCAGCCUCUUCGACGCCAAGAACGCCACCGCUUGGGAUGACAUUGUCAACCAGUUCGACAUCAUCGACCGCCGCACGCGCAACACCACCCUCAACCUGCACUACCACGGCUUUGACGAGAGCAAGACCCAGUCCUGGGCCAACCAGGUCAACGGUGCUUCCCCUCUGAUCUGGUCCCGUGCCGUCGGCUGGUACGCCGUCGCCCUCCUCGAGGUCAUCCAGCUCCUGCCCAAGGAGCACCCUGGUGUCGCGAAGCUCACCAACUACUUCGUCACCCUUGCCGAGGGCCUCAAGAAGUCCCAGGACAAGUCUGGCGGCUGGUACCUCAUCAUGGACCCCGAGUACACCAGCAACCCUGCCAACUACAUCGAGUCCAGCGCCUCUGCCCUCUUCGUCUUCGCCUGGCUCAAGGGUAUCAAGCUCGGCCUCAUCUCCGAGUGCACCUACUUCACCGCCGCCGCCCGUGGCUACCAGAAGCUCACUGACUUCGUCACCGAGAACGCCAACGGCACCGUCAACUGGGAGGGCACCGUCGAGGUCGGCUCCCUGAACAGCGACGCCAGCUUCGAGUACUACACCACCGUGCCCCUGGCCGCCAACGACUACAAGGGUGUCGGCCCCUGGAUGUUCGCCUCCUACGAGUGGGAGACCUACAACCAGACCAAGAGCGCCGCUCCUGUCACCGCCCCUACCAAGCUGCGCCAGCGCCAGUACAACCGCCGCCUCAAGAGCUACUACUAG